AUUUAGCUCCGAGCAGUGUGAGCUUGACAGCCACUUUGUGCUGGAGUGCUCACAGAGAGACACACACAUCACACUCACUCUGUAGUGGAAAGGACAUUACAGCAGGACUUUUAUGAAUACCGGUAAGCAACAGAAGCCAGUGCUUACAGGCCAACGGUUUAAGACCAGGAAAAGGGAUGAAAAGGAGAAGUUUGAGCCCACGGUUUUCAGAGACACAAUCAUUCAGGGCCUCAACGAAGCUAGGGGUGAUCUUGAUGCUGUAGCCAAGUUUCUGGAUGUCACCGGUUCGAGAUUGGACUACCGUCGCUAUGCUGACACUCUGUUUGACAUCCUCAUUGCUGGGAGCAUGCUUGCCCCCGGGGGAACGCGCAUUGAUGAUGGGGACAAGACCAAGGUGACUGUCCACUGUGUGUUCACUACAGAGGAAAAUCACACUGCUGCUCGUAGCUAUGCUCAGGUUUUCAAUAAACUUAUCAGGAGAUACAAAUAUCUGGAGAAGGCGUUUGAGGAUGAAAUAAAAAAGCUUCUUCUCUUUCUGAAAGCCUUCAGUGAGUCUGAGCAGGCGAAACUGGCCAUGCUGACUGGCAUCCUGCUGGCCAAUGGCACACUGCCACCUGCCAUCCUUACCAGCCUCUUCAGUGAUAACAUUGUGAAAGAAGGAAUCGCUGCUUCCUUUGCAGUGAAGCUAUUCAAAGCAUGGAUAGCUGAGAAAGAUGCCAAUGCAGUGACUUCAGCCCUGAGGAAGGCCAGUCUGGAUAAGAAACUCCUUGAGCUCUUUCCUGCCAACAAGCAAAAUGUGGAGCACUUCACAUUGUACUUUACUGAAGCUGGACUGAAGGAGCUAUCGGACUUCCUGCGUGUGCAGCAGUCUUUGGGCACCCGCAAGGAGCUGCAGAAAGAACUGCAAGAGCGUCUGUCUCAAGAAUGUCCCAUCAGAGAGAUUGUGGUGUAUGUGAAGGAAGAGAUGAAGAGGAACGAUCUACAGGAGCAGGCUGUGAUUGGCUUACUCUGGUCCUGCCUUAUGAACGCUGUAGAGUGGAACAAGAAGGAAGAGCUGGUUACUGAGCAGGCCCUCAAACACCUAAAGCACUACGCUCCUUUGCUGGCUGUGUUCAGUACUCAGGGUCAAUCUGAACUGGUGUUGCUGCUGAAGAUUCAGGAGUACUGCUAUGACAACAUCCACUUUAUGAAAUCCUUCUCCAAGAUAGUAGUGCUAUUCUACAAAGCUGACGUCCUUAGUGAGGAAGCCAUUUUGAAAUGGUACAAAGAUGCCCAUGCUGCCAAAGGGAAAAGUAUCUUUCUGGAGCAGAUGAAGAAAUUUGUGGAGUGGCUUCAGAAUGCAGAGGAAGAGUCUGAAUCCGAGAGAGAAGAUUAGCAUUCUGGACGACUGAAGAUCACGACACACUGCUCUCUAAGGCCAGCCUGUUAGUCCACUGUAGUAGGAAGACUCCUAGACACUCAAGCACAACCAAUGGAGAAGCCAUAGAUAACCUUUUAAUAAAAAACACAUAUUCUUUACCAGUACUGUUCAGGUACUCUGAAAUUCUGCUUCUCAAAUAUUCAACGGAAUAAAUCCACUUGUAUGUAUGACUGAUUUUUAUUAAUAAAAAGGCUUUUAUAUGUACCGUAUCUUGUUGAAAUGUCACAUCAAACACCGAAAAUCCAAAACCAUAAUCUCAGUUUCUACUAAUGUGGGAGGGAUUAGAGGUUUAUAGUUUGUCUUUUUUCCCCUCUGAAAAUAUUAUACAGUGAAAAUACAGAAGUGUUAUUGUAUUUUUUUAUUUUCCAAUAAAGAAUCUUUUUAAAGCCCAAA